UGUUGUGUUGUGGUGUGGUCCAUUGUGUUGUGUUGUGGUGUGAUGCGUUGUAACGCAUUGUGUUAUUGAUGUGUUGUGGUAUGUUGUAUUGUGGUGUGGUAUAUUGUGUUGUGUGUUGUGUUGUGUUGUGGUGCAUUGUGUUGUGGUGUUGUGUGGUGUGUUGUGUUGUGGUGCGUUGUAAUGCAUUGUGUUAUGGUGUGUUGUGUUGUGGAGUGUUGUGUUGUGGUGCGUUGUAAUGCAUUGUGUUGUGUGGUGUGUUGUGUUGUGGUGCGUUGUAAUGCAUUGUGUUGUGGUGUGUUGUGGUGCGUUGUAAUGCAUUGUGUUGUGGUGUGUUGUAAUGCAUUGUGUUGUGGUGUGUUGUAAUGCAUUGUGUUGUGGUGUGUUGUAAUGCAUUGUGUUGUGGUGUGUUGUGUGGUGGUGUGUUGUAAUGCGUUGUGGUGUGUUGUGUUGUGUGGUGUGUUGUGGUGCGUUGUAAUGCAUUGUGUUGUGGUGUUAUGUGGUGUGUUGUGUUGUGGUGCGUUGUAAUGCAUUGUCUUGUGGUGUGUUGUGUUGUGGUGCGUUGUAAUGCAUUGUGUUGUGGUGUGUGGUGUGUUGUGGUGCUUUGUAAUGCAUUGUGUUGUGGUGUUAUGUGGUGUGUUGUGUUGUGGUGCGUUGUAAUGCAUUGUGUUGUGGUGUGGUGCAUUGUGUUGUCGUGCAUUGUAGUGCAUUGUGUUGUGGUGUGAUGUGGUGCGGUGUGCUGUGUCAGUGCGGUGUGUUGUGUCGUGGUGUGUUGUGUUGUGGUGCGUUGUAAUGCAUUGUGUUGUGGUGUGAUGUGGUGUGGUGUGCUGUGUCGGUGUGUUGUGUCGUGGUGUGUUGUGUUGUGGUCUGAUGUUGUGCGUUGUGUUGUGUUGUGUUGUUUUGUGUUGUGAUGUGGUGUGAUUGAACAGUAAAUAUAAUAAUGACAAAUUAGCCCCAGCAAUAGCAGAAGCGCAGCGCUCCUUUGUGUGAAGCUUUGUGGACCCUCCAUGGUUCUGCUCUCACUUUCACACCUGGGCAUAAACCCUGACAACCCUUUAAUGAAAAUUUGCAUAAAUGCAGAAUGUUCGGUCGUGAGUAGUUUCGGAACAGGUAUGCAGAGGAUCAUUUGAAAGACUCUAGCAGGAAGCAUGCAUGCAGCUCUGUCCAGAUGCACAAUGGAAAUUGCAUCAUGCAUGCUGCAGAAGCAUGCACAGAAUGUGGGGAAGCCGUGAAGCUGCGCGUGCACGGCGAUGAUGUGCAAAGAGAUGAUGUCAUGGUUUUAAGCGGAUGGGAGGAGGAGGAAGAGGAGAAAAAGGAGGAGGUGGAGGUGGAUGGAUGGAGGGAGGGAGGGAGGGAGGGAGGGAGGAAGAGGCGAGCGUAAGGUUUCGCAGGCGCUCCCGAAAAAAAGGAAGCGGCGCUUUGUGAUGCGCAGGCGGCGCCGUGUAGCUGGCGGAAGAGGAGCUCUCGCAGCCCAGCCCCAGCGUCUCUCCGCCCAGGGGAAAGACAGGAGGCAGACAGGAGGGACGUGGGGGGAAGGAAUUAAAAAAAAACCACACACACACAGAGGGAAGGAAGAGAAAAGAAAAAGGAGGGGAAACACGGGAACGGCGUUGACGAAGCGGCUGCCAUGGCGGCCAAAUCGGACGGCGUGCUGAAGAUGAAGAAGAGCGAUGUGGCGUUCACGCCCCUGCAGAACUCGGACCACUCGGGCUCGGUGCCGGGACUCGCGGCGGGAUCGAGACCGGGCUCGGGCAGCGGCGAGGCGGAUUUUACGCGCGGCGAGGCGCGCUGCUGCGGUCCCGAGGACUCGACGUGCCUGCGGCUCGGCGGCGAGAGGCGGAAGUGCGACGCCUGGGACGGUCUGUGGCUGGUGGCCGCGGCCACCGUGUACUUCGCCGACGUCGCCACGGACGUGUGGCUCGCCGUCGACUACUACCUGCGCAACGACUACUGGUGGUUCGGCCUGACGCUCUUCUUCGUAGCGCUCGGCUCCAUCUCCGUGCAGUUCUUCAGCUUCCGGUGGUUCGUGCACGACUUCAGCACCUCGGAGAGCGACGCCGCGGCCACCGACAGCAGCAGCAGCAGCACCAGGACUAACGAGAAGCGCUCGGCGCCGUGCGCCUUCUGCCUCUGGUUCCUACAGACCGUCAUUCACAUCCUGCAGCUCGGCCAGAUAUGGAGGUGAGCCUUCGACUUCGCCUUCAUUCAGUCACAGGAGCGCGUGGCUUUGGGACUCCCCGUGCACUGGGGAACCCUUGUGCAUCCAUCAUAACCACAUCGAUUGUAUGGGAUCCACUAGCACCUGAGUUUCUUUUCUUUUUUUCUUUUCUUUUUUUUUAGUACUCCAUCAUACUCCAGUGCUGUUCAUAGGCUACUAAAAUAUCCUCUGCACUCCAGAACCUCACAUUUACACCAUGGAGGCCUCUGGGAGAAGUCUUUUGGGUGUGUAUUUUUUCUCUAGCAAGCUGUGCUGGGUGAAUUAGAAAUAGCCUCACAAACAAUACACACUAUGCACUCCUUGUGUCCUUGCAUUAACAAGCAGGUAGUGUGUGUGUGUGUGUGUGUGUGUGUGUGUGUGUGUGUGUGUUCACUAGCAUUUCUCCACCUUUAAUUUUAUCCCAGUCUCUAAACACACCAUGCACUGGAGCUCGUUCAGCGUCUCUGCGAAGUCUUUUGGGUGUGUUACAGCUUUUUUUCUCUAGCAGGCUGUGUUGUGCAAAUAAACGAAACAGCCUCACAAACAAACAGUACACACUGUGCAUUUCUUAUAGGACUGGUCGUUUGUGUUUUUUACACAUUUUAUUGGCUAGCCAGUGCAUUUCUGAACCGUUCGUGUUGUUGUGGUAUUAAGGAGCAGCUCUGGAGCGUGUUACCGUUCCCUUUAGCAGGCUGUGCAUGCUUCUGUAGGAGACGAAGAAAUAUCCUGACAACAAGCGGGUCAUCUUUAGUGACCUUUAGUUACUAGCCCAUGCAUUCCUCCGUCCUUUUGUUCCCACCUGUUGUUGUUGUGUGCGUUGUGUGUUUAACCGUCCCAGUAUCUCGGGUCACCAUGCUGGUACAUCGUGCCUGGGUGUUUGGGGUGCGUUAUACGUUUUGCUUUCGUGUGUUGCGCCGUGCUCAUUCUUAUGCUAAGCAGGUAUGGUGCAAACCACUAAAGAAGUCGCCUACCUUCAACUCUGUACUCUCUAAGCUGUUCUUAACAUGCUAAUAUUCCAAGACGGUGGUGUGUACAUAGCUAGUUUUAUCUACUGGAGCUUGUUGACUGUGGAGGCACAGUUACGCCAUACGUGAAGAUUUGUUUGGGAAGUGGAAGGUUUGGCUUUGCAGUUGUGUAUGUGCUAAUAUUUAUGCUAGACAUGCAAACGGAAGAAAGAUUUAGCUGGAUGAGAACUUUGUUUGGGGUUUUUUUUCUUCCUGAAACUGUAUAAACUGUUGUCUUGUGCAUGGAUAUAUAAGCUAAUAGUCAAACUGUGCAACAUCUGUCCUCAUGACUAGUGACGAUCCACUUCAUUUGUCCAUAAAUGAAAGUCUAGAGUCAUAUUUACACCAUGCAUGGAGGGUUUAAGUUAAUACUUAUGCUAAGCAGGGUAAUAUCGUGCAACUUGAUAUACCAUAUUCGUAUUCAAACUGUUAUGAGCUGGAAUCUCAUUUACACCAUGUGUCGAGUUGGUUUUUUUUUUCGGGUAUUGAGACAUUUAUAUGAGAAUGUUUUAUACACACACUCGCUGGCUUCAAUGACUUUAAUAAGAACACCUGUACACCUGCUCCUUCGUGUAC